UCCAGAGAGACUGUUUGGAACUUUGAAGAUGAAAAUGAAGGAGAAAUAUUUAUAGCUAAAGGAAAAGAGAGUUUCUACAAUGUAAGAGGAAAUCUUUUCUUUUGCCUGAGAGGAUACAUGUACUGUAUAUUUAUGGAAAGAAGAUAGAAAUAUGGAAAAUACAGGAAUUCAAGAGAGAACUACUGGAACCGAAAAGAAGAAAGUAAAGAUGGAAAAUACCGAGAUUCAAGAAGAAAUCCGCCCCUUCUCUACUGUAGAGGAUACAUGUACUGUGUAUAUAAAGGAUGAAGAUGUUAAGAAUGAAUCUCAUGAUGUAUUUAUAAACGAGGAAGAAGAUCCUCUUCAAUUUGAGUCAAACAGACGCAAGAAGAGGAAAUUAGGAGAAAGACGAUAUCAUUGUGAUAAAUGUGAUUACUCUGCAAAUUCCCCAAGUAGACUUAAAGUACAUAUUGAGAAUAAACAUAAAGGAGUAAGAUAUCCCUGUGAUAAAUGUGAAUACGUUGCAACAGCUGCAAAUAAUCUCAAAACACAUAUUGAGAGUAGACAUGAAGGAUUAAGAUAUCCUUGCGAUAAAUGUGAUUACGUUGCAACUCUAGCAAGUUCGCUUAAAUUACAUACACGGAGUCAGCAUGAAGGAGUGAGAUAUCCCUGUGAUAAAUGUGAGUACGCAGCAACUCGCGUAACGUAUCUCAAAAGACAUAUUGCAAGUAAACAUAAGGGAAUCUUCUCUCCCUGUGAGAAAUGUGACUACGCUGCAACUUGCGUCAGUGAUCUCAAAAUACAUAAUAAGAGGAAACAUGAAGGAAGGAAAUAUCCCUGUGACAAAUGUGACUACGUUGCAACCCUUGAAAGAAAUCUUAGAAAACAUAUUGAGAGUAAACACAUGGGAGUGAAAUAUCCAAGCAUCCAAGCAUCAAGUCUUAUAAUACCUUAUAUAAGUGAAAAUGCUGAAUCUAAUUAUCUUGAGCCCGCUGUAACUACAUCAAGUAAAGUGACACUGGCAAGUUCGCUUGAAAUACAUUUUGCGAGUAAACAGGAAGAAGUGGAAUAUCCUUGUAAUAGAUGUGAGUUCGUUGCAACACAGCUAAAUGAUCUUGAAAUGCAUACAAAAAGUAAGCAUGAAGAACUGACUUAUCCUUGUGAUAAAUGUGAUUUUAAAGCUGAAACGGCAAAUGUACUUUACAAACAUUGUAAGAGUAAACACGAAGGAGUUAAAUACCCCUGUGAUAAAUGUGAAUACUUUGCUACCAGCUCAUGUAAUCUCAAAACUCAUAUUGAGAGUAGACACGAAGGAAUCAGAUAUCCCUGUGUUGAAUGUGAUUACUCAGCAAAUUUUGCAAGUUCGCUUAAAUUUCAUAUCGAGAGUAAACAUAAAAGAGUGAUUUACCCUUGUAAUAAAUGUGAGUACACUGGAACUAGUGUUAGUUAUCUCAGAAGACAUAAUGCGAGUAAACAUCACGAAGGAAUUUUAUUUUACUGUGACAAAUGUGAAUACGCUGUGGCUCGCGUAAGUGAUCUCAAAUUGCACAUAGAGAGGAAACAUGAAGCACCGAAGUACCCCUGUGAUAAAUGUAAAUAUGUUGCGACUGUGGAGAGCAAUCUUAGAAAGCAUAAUAAAAGUAAACAUGAAGGAGUAAGAUAUCCCUGCAGUAAAUGUGAUUAUAAAGCAACUACAACUUCAAAUCUUAAAAUACAUUAUAAAAAUAAACACGAAAAAGCUGUAUAUCUCUGUGACAAGUGUAAUUAUGUUGCAAAAACAGCAAGCACCCUAGAAAAACAUAUUGAGAAUACACAUGAAAGAGUGAUAUAUCCUUCAGAUAACGGAAGUGCAUCUAAAACAAAUUCACUCAAAUUACAAAGUGGGGGUAAACCUGAAGAUUUUAGUUUUCUUCGUGAUACAUCUGGUUUUACAGCCAAAACUACAACUGAUCCUGGAAAACAUUUUAAGAGUAAUCAUGAGGGAUUAAGAUAUCCUUGUGAUAAAUGUGAGUACAUUACAACUAAAGCAAGUAAUCUUAAAACUCAUUUUAAGAGUAACCAUGAGGAAUUAAGAUAUCCUUGUGAUCAAUGUGAGUACAUUACAACUAAAGCAAGUAAUCUUAAAACGCAUUUUGAGAGUAGACAUGAGGGAGUCAGAUAUCCGUGUGAUCAAUGUGAGUACUCUGCAACUUUAGCAAGUUCGCUUAAAAUUCAUAUUGAGAGUAAACAUGAAGGAGUGAGAUAUCCCUGUGAUAAAUGUGAUUACUCUGCAACUCGCACAAGUUAUCUCAAAAUACAUAUUGCAAGUAAACAUGAGGGAGUUUUAUUUCCUUGUGAUCAAUGUGACUAUGCUGCAACUCGCAUAAGUGAUCUCAAAAUACACAUUGAGAGAAAACACGAAGGAAUGAAAUAUUUCUGUAAUCAAUGUGCGUACGCUGCAACUUUGGCAAGCAACUUGAGAAUGCACAUUGAGAGCAGACAUGUAGGAGUAAGAUAUCCAUGCAGCGAAUGUGAUUAUGAAGCAACUAGAGCAGCAAAUCUUAAAACGCAUUAUAAAAGUAAACAUGUAGAAGUGAGAUUGUAAUGUAAGUGAGAUCGCAUAUUAAAGGGAGUAGCCGGCAAUGUAUGGUAGUUGAACUGUGAAUGUAGCAUUGUGAGAAAAAAAAAUUAGGAUUCAAUUGAGAUAUAAAA